AUGGAUUUAUUAUCUCAGAGUGGAAUGCUUGAUUCUAAACCAAUAUCAACACCAUUAGCUUUGACCUCCUUGUCUGUUCAUGAUGGCACACCUCUCUCAGAUGCUACCCAAUAUCGCAGCACCCUUGGGGCUUUGCAGUAUUGCACCAUGAUGGGACCCGAUAUUUCUCACGUUGUGAAUCACCUUUGUCAGUUUAUGCAUGCUCUGAUAGAAUCUCACAUGCUUGCUGUUAAACGAGUUCUGCGAUAUCUGAAGGGAACAACUCUUCUUGGUCUCACGGUUCAUGCCAAUUCUGCCCAUUCCUUUAACUGUUAUACAAAUGCUGAUUGGGCUUCUUGCCGGAUGAUCGACGCAGCACAAGCGCUUAUUGCGUGUUUCUUGGCCACAACUUGA